UAAGGCCGAUAUAGAGUGUGUAUCUUCAUGGCAUUUGGGGAUUCCUGGAAAGUCUGUUUCAAAAUUAUUUUUCUUAGGUUUAAUAGCUGUCUCCAGCGCCAAAGCCAAAAUUCGAUUUGGACUCAUUGUCCAAUUGUCUCAUGGCAUUUGCAACGGCUUUGGGUGUGUAAGAUUCAAACAAGCCGUGAAUUAACACUGUUAGUGGCACGGGUGGUGGGGGGGUCAGAUGUAACGCACCAAACUGGCGACAACAUUGGUUGCCACAUUUUGGUGGUCUCGAACAUCCAUUGCACCUUUGCGCAACAGCCGCUUCUCCGCCGAGAGGUCCUCACGGUGCACAAAGGCAGCUUCCGACAGGGCAGCGUCAGCGCGAGCGGCGAGAGAAACACCCUCCGGACCGCGUCCGACCAUCCGAACUUGAGAGUUCACCGCAUGAGUGUUGUUUUUCAAAAGUUUGUAAAAGGGGCCUCUGAGAUGGAGGUUACUAAGACAGAAGAUCAGGGAAGCUUGACUAGUGACAAAUGCUGCCAGACCGAGACACUUCAACCCUGCUGUUGCCAAACAACAGAAACCCCUCAAGAGCCUUGUGGCCAAAAUCCAGUGCAUUCGAUUGAGCCUGGUGAUCCACCACUGCUUCAGCAGCAGCUCCAGACAUCCAAGUCAGGAAUUCAUCAGAUCAUUGAGUGUUUUCGCACAGGUACCACUCAACUCAGACACAUGCUGUUGAAAGAAGUUGACACCAUAUUUGAGUGCAGAAUCUGUCGUAGUCUGUUUCGUGGUCUACCAAAUUUGGUCACACACAAGGAGUUCUACUGCUUUUCCCGGCAACCUGAGUCAGAAGAGCCCUCAGAAGGUGGGCAGAGCCAGGCCAUCAAAGAACUUCUUCUAUCUAUCUAUCCACAAAAAGACAGAGAGGAGCAUGUCAUUCAGCUUGAUGUCAUUGAGACCAGCCCCAAUGCUGUGUUCCAGCAUGUAUCACCAGUGGAUGUUGAGGACACACCCGAUACCCCUACCUCCCACACAGAGAUCCCAGUACCCGUGAAAAAAAACCGGCGCAAAUCUAUUUUGGCACCCAAAAAGGUCCAACAGUCAGAUAAUGAUGACGAUAUGGAAACCGAAUCAGAAGAGCCACCUCCUGAAGAAGGUCCAAGCUCUGAAGAGCCAGCAAUGCUUGAACAGGCAGAAGCAGAGGAAGAUGAAGAGGAGGGUGCCACCUCUGAGAUAAAGGAGAUGAGGAUCUCUUGCUGCCUUUGUGGCAAAGACUUUGGCUCCAGGCGCAGCGUACGCCGCCAUUGCCGCAAAAUGCACUGGCAGAGGCUGGAGGAGUUGCGCAAAUAUACUGAGACACGCACAGUUCCCAUUAGCUUGCUGUCUGUCGUGAAGGACAAACGUCCUGUAGACCCGCCACCAUCUCCUGGGAAGAGCUGCCCGGUGUGCAAAAAGUCAUUUGCGACCAAAGCCAACGUCCGACGACACUUUGACGAGGUCCAUCGUGGCUUGAGGCGAGACUCGAUCACGCCAGACAUCGCCACAAGACCUGGCCAGCCUCUUUUACUCGAUGCUCCUCCUCCGUCGCCACCGAAACCACCAAGUUUUCCUCAGAAGCAAGAGCAGAGACAGAUCAACCUGAUGAAUUGCCGCUGCCAGCUGUGCAAAAGGAAGUACAGCUCCCAGUUGAUGCUUCGUAGGCAUAUGCGCAUUGUCCACAAGAUACAUGUGCUAGAAAAUGGCACUGUCACCAGCUCCGUUCUCUCGAAACUAAAGGCUAAAACAAAGCAUGAGGAAAAAGAUAAGGUUAGCGUGAAAAAAAACUCUCUCUCCUCUUUCAAAGACCGUAAGAAGAGUGCCUUAUCAAAGACAAAAAAGACAAAAGCCACAGGGGACAAUGGAGACCACAGUAUGGGUUUUGACUUCAAAAGGAUCUACUGCUGGUUGUGUAAACGUCAGUUCAGCACUGGGCAGAACCUGAAAAAGCACAUUUCUGAGCUACACACAGAUGGGAGUGACAGCAUUUACAUCAAGUUCUACCGCUGCCCCAUGUGCAGGUAUGAGUCGCGGCGCAAACGCGACGUCAUUCGCCAUAUUACUGUGGUUCACAAAAAGUCAUCUCGCUAUUUGGCUAAGGUCAUGCCAGCUUUGGAGAACCAGGCAGUGAAGAAACCAGCCGAGGCGGUCUUAAGCAGCACAACGAAGAAAACUAAUUCAAAAGACGACGGUAGCGGGACGCAUACCACAGAGAACAUUUACAAGCAAGAACCACCAGAAUCCCCCAACGUUCGUGAACAAGAUCCUCUUCCCAAAUCAAAGAAACAAGAAUCCCCGACAUCCCCCAACACUCGAAAGCAUUCUGCUCUUACUUCGCUUAACACAGACAAACAUGAUUCUCCACUUACCCCAAACUCAUGUAGACAAGAAAAGAACCUUCCAGAGUCCAAGAACCCUCAUGUCACUCGGAGUCAUAAUAUUACUAAGGGGCCGCCCAUCACCAGGAGCCAAGAGUCUUGCAGUGAGGUUAGGGUAACGAAAAACUUUUCCCUCCAUGCGUGUGAUAUGUGUGGCCGGGCGUUUGCCAAAAAGGUCUACCUCGAGACACACAGACGGAGACAUAGGACCGCCAUCACAAGUGGGGACAAACUUCAAGGAAGAAGCACUCGAUCAAAGGCCCUUAUUUGACUGUUGUUUCUCUGAAUACGUAGCACAUUUGCACUGGAUUCCAUGGACAGGUUUAUCUCCAUGUGAAAGAAGAGGAGGUGAAAUGGACAGGCUUAAGGGUUAGUACGCAGAGGAUGUACUUUGCAUAAAGGGGUUGUAUGAAAUGAGAAUGAACUGCACCAAAAAGGUCGUUCCAGGUUUGUACUCUGGAGGGCGCUGUUACAAAAGUAAUUUUCUCCACCAUCCAAAAUGAGUUUUAUCUUCAGUUGACGUUCAAAAUCAGUUGUUAUGACUGACAUUAAGUUUAUGAUUGGGGUUGACAAAUUGUUAAAUAUCUUAAACAACCACUGUUUUUUUUGUUUUUGUUUGUUUUUUGUAAAAAAAACUAAAAUAAUGUUUCAUAAACGAGCUCAGUUGUUCCAGUGUAAAUGGUGUGGCUUUGUAUAACUUCCUUGAAAUGUACAGCAUGUCUAACUAUUGUUAAAUAUUCAUAAGUAGAUAAGUUAAUGUAACUGUGCUUCAUAUUUUCCUGCCUGGCGAUCACCUCUCUAAUCAACUAUGGAUUGAAAUGCUGCUAAUUCAUUAGUAAAGUUCAAAAUGUACUCUCAUAUUUCUUCUACCCUUUAAUUCAAAGCCUACAUAUUAAGCUGCUCAGGAUGUGUCUUAAUUUAGAACAAAGAUUUUGUUUUUUGUUUUUCUAUAAACAGCUAAAACUUUGUGUUAGUCUUUACUUAAAGGUUGCAACUGUGACUGAAAGAAAUAGGAUACUACUGUAUUUGUUUAGUUUGGUAGCCUACUAAUAACUAAAGCUAACCAGAAAAUAAGUUUCAAGUUUUAGUAGAUGGCUCUCACCUUUGCUUUCAUGAACUAAUAGUUAUAAUGAAGUAACUGGCUUUGGAGCAAGUACAAUUUCUUUUAUAUGGAGUGCAUGCGGAAUGCUUUACACCCUUUGCUUAUGUGUACAAUAGGGCUUGUUUUGAAAUGCCAAAACCUAGAUCCACACUGAAGGUGCACACUCCUUUUUAUUUGCAAAAGUAUAUCCUUGCUUGCAGUAGGAUGAUUUUCUUUUUGUUCAAAUAAACAUAAUAAAAUAUA